AUGAAGUGGAACCUGUUCAAGAAAAAGCCUGAAGCCAUGGUCGGACCUGAGCCCACCGGGGCUGCUGUCUUAACUGUGGCCCCUGGCCCCGUGGCCUCCACCGCAGCUGACAACUCCACAGAGGCUGUCAAGAACGGCGACUUCGACGACAUCAAGAAUAAGUUCCUCAAUGAGAUCGACAAAAUCCCACUGCCGUCAUGGGCCAUCAUCGCCAUCGCUGUGGUAGCUGCUACCCUGAUUCUCACCUGCUGCUUCUGCAUCGUUAAGAAGUGCUGUUGCAAGAAGAAGAAGAACAAGAAGGGCAAGAAAGGGAAGGGUGAAAUGGGAAUGAAGAACAUGAAAGAAGGAGAGAAACAGGACGAUGAUGAUUAUGAUGAAGAUGACGCUGAGACUGGUAUGACUGGAGAUGAGAAAGAGGAAGAGGUGAAGGAGAAAGAAAAGCUUGGGAAGCUUCAGUACUCCAUAGAUUAUGACUUCCAGGACAACAAGCUCACAGUGGGCCUCCUCCAAGCAGCUGAUCUCCUCUCCAUGGACAGCGGUGGCACCUCUGACCCCUAUGUCAAGGUCUACGUCCUCCCAGACAAGAAGAAGCAUUUUACCACCAAAGUGCACAAGAAGACACUGAAUCCUACCUUCAAUGAGACCUUCAUCUUCAAGAUUCCAUUCCAAGAGAUGGGUGGCAAGACUUUGGUCAUGCAGGUCUUUGACUUUGACCGCUUCUCUAAGCAUGACGUCAUUGGAGAGGUGAAACUACCCUUGCACAAACUGGACCUAGCCCAGCCACUGGAGGAGUGGAGGGACCUGGACAGUGCAGAGAAAGAAGAGCAAGAGAAGCUGGGAGAUAUCUGCAUCUCUCUGCGCUACGUGCCCACUGCCGGGAAACUCACCAUCUGCAUCCUGGAGGCCAAGAACCUCAAGAAGAUGGACGUGGGAGGACUGUCAGAUCCCUAUGUGAAGAUCAACUUGAUGCAGAACGGCAAGCGUCUGAAGAAGAAGAAGACCACGGUGAAGAAGAACACUCUGAAUCCAUACUACAACGAGUCCUUCAGCUUUGAGAUCCCUAUUGAGCAGAUGCAGAAAAUCCAAGCUGUGGUCACAGUGCUAGAUUAUGACAAGAUUGGUAAAAACGACGCCAUCGGGAAGAUCUGGGUGGGCAGUAAGGCGACGGGCACCCAGCUGAAGCACUGGUCCGACAUGCUGGCCAACCCUCGCCGCCCCAUCGCUCAGUGGCAUCCACUGCAGCCCGAGGAGGAGAUUGAUGCUUCGCUGGCAGCCCUGAACGCCAAGAAGUAA